AUGGCAUCGCAUGAGAACAAGACGGUCAUCGUGACGGGCUGCACCAGCGGUAUUGGCCUUGCAACCACCCUCCUCUUUCUCUCUCGCAAGGCACGUGUCUUCGGCAUCGACAUAUCACCCUUCACACAUGAACUCGACGCUGCGCAAUCUGCAUCCUUCGCCUUCCACCAGGCAGAUAUCUGUGCGCCUGGUGCAUCUGAGACGGCAGUGACGGCCUGUCAGGCAAAGAUUGGUCGUCAAAUCCACGUUCUGGCCAAUGUCGCUGGUGUCGCGGACAAUUAUGGCAGUGUAGACACACUCACAGAUGCAGCGUGGGAUCGUGUAAUCGCGAUCAACCUCACAGCGCCGGUCCGCUUGAUGAGGGCUGUGAUACCGAUAAUGAGGGAGCACAAGAGCGGCGCCAUAGUAAACGUCGGCAGUCUAUCCAGCAAGUGUGGUGCAACGGCUGGAGUGGCAUACACAGCGAGUAAACACGGCAUUGCCGGAGCGACCAAAAACGUUGCCUUCCGGUUCCGCCACGAAGGAAUUACGUGCAACUGUGUGCUGCCUGGCGUGGUCGAGACCAACAUCCAGCAAUCAAUCAAAGCUGAGACGUGCGAUCAUGAUGCGUUGAAAUUGCUAAGGCAUGUAUCCAUCAUCUCAUUGCACAUGAAGAAACUAAUGCUGUGGCCGCAGUCCGAUACAUAA